AGUGUUGCCUUGGAGAGGGAGGGUGGGUGCGUUCCCGCAGCAACAGGGAAGAUGGCAGCUCUCACAUCUCUAACCCAGUUGUCAAGUGGGAACCCUGUAUAUGAGAACUUUUACAGACAGGUGGACCCUGGGAAUACAGGGAAAGUGGGACCAACAGAAGCUGCCUUGUUCUUAAAAAAGUCUGGACUCCCUGACAUUACAUUGGGAAAGGUCUGGGAUUUGGCCGAUCCCGAUGGCAAAGGCUAUCUGGACAAACAGGGGUUUUACGUAGCUCUGCGGCUGGUGGCCUGUGCUCAGAGCGGUCAGGAAGUCAGUCUGUCCAGCCUCAACCUCACAGUCCCUCCGCCCAAGUUUAAGGACACCAGCAGUCCGUCUCUAAGCAGCACAGUUUCUGCAUCCGGCGAAUUACACUGGGCUGUCAGGCCCGAGGAGAAGAGUAAAUUUGAUGGGAUCUUUGAGAGUUUGGCUCCAGUCAAUGGCCUGCUGUCAGGAGAGAAGGUCAAACCAGUCCUAAUCAACUCCAAGCUACCUCUGGAUGUCCUUGGGAAGGUUUGGGACCUGAGUGACAUAGAUAAAGAUGGCCAUCUGGACAGAGAUGAGUUUGCAGUGGCCAUGCACCUGGUGUACCGGGCCCUGGAGAAGGAGCCUGUUCCUGCACUCCUCCCCUCUGCACUCAUCCCUCCAUCUAAGAGGAAGAAGAGUCUGGGCUCAGUGGCUGGCUCUGUGCCUGGAAUACCCGCAAGCCCCCCACCACCAAAAGACUCGCUACGCUCCACACCCUCCCACGGCAGCAUGAACUCACUCAACAGCACCGGCAGCCUGUCGCCCAAACACACACUCAAGUCUGGACAGCAUUCACUGAACUGGGUGGUCCCAGUGUCAGACCGUGGUCGCUAUGACGACAUCUUCCUGAAGACAGACGCUGACCUGGACGGUUUUGUCAGCGGACAUGAAGUAAAAGACAUCUUCAUGCAGUCUGGACUUUCCCAGAACCUCCUGGCCCAUAUAUGGGCUCUGGCAGACACGAGGCAGAUAGGCAAGCUGACCAGGGAGCAAUUUGGCCUGGCCAUGUAUCUCAUCCAGCAGAAAGUCAGCAAGGGCGUGGACCCUCCACAGGCCCUGACUGCCGACAUGAUCCCCCCGUCUGAGAGAAGCACUCCGGUACCAAGUUUGUCAGGAUACAUGACCCCAGUGGGAUCAGAGAUGGCUGCUCUGUCCGAGAUGAGACGGGCUAUAAUGUUGAAGUUGUGGGACAGCUCAAGUUCAGUGGGUUCGGGGGAGUUUACUGGGAUCAAGGAGUUGGACGACAUCAGCCAGGAGAUAGCCCAGUUGCAGAGCACUCUUGCCUUUACCCAGUGGAAUACUCUCAGGGAGAAGUACACUCUGGAGCAGGACAUCAGGGAGACAGAGGAGGCCAUCAGACACAAGAGUGCAGAGGUGCAGGAGAUGCAGAAUGACCUUGACAUAGAGACGGCCAGCCUGCAAGAACUAGAGGCUCAGAAACAAGAUGCCCAGGAGCGCCUGGAGGAGAUGGACCAGCAGAAACAUAAAUUAGAGGACAUGCUGAAUGAAGUCAGGAUGAAGUGCCAGGAAGAGUCUCAGAUGAUCUCCAGUCUCCAGAGUCAGAUCCACUCCCAGGAGUCAGACUUGCAAAGCCAGGAGGAGGAGCUGAGCCGGGCAAAGGCUGACCUGGGCCGGCUGCAGCAGGAGGAGAACCAGCUGGAGCAGAGCCUGGCUGCAGGCAAGAUCCAACUGGAGACCAUCAUCAAGUCUCUGAAGGCCACGCAGGAUGAGAUCAACCAGGCUCGCAGUAAGUUGUCCCAGAUUCAGGACAGCCAACAGGAAGUGUCUAAAAGCAUUGAGCAGUACAACAGCACCUUGAACGGAACCCACGGAGGCAGUAUGACCAACCUCGCCGAUAUGAGUGAGGGCUUCAGUGACAGAGAGAACGGAGGAUUCCCAGCCAUGGUGAGAGCAGCACAGGAGGAUCCAUUCAAAGUGAAGCCAUCUGUGUUCAACAGCCAGCCUCAGGAACUUCACACUGACCCCUUCCACACUGAAGACCCCUUCAAAACAGACCCAUUCAAAGGUGACCCUUUCCAAAAUGACCCUUUUGCAAAGCCGCCAUCAACAUCCACAGAUCCCUUUGGAGGAGAUCCGUUCAAAGAGACGGAUCCGUUCAAGGCUUCGUCAGAAGAUUUCUUCAAGAAGACCACAAAGAUGGAUCCCUUCUCCACACCGGACCCCUUCAGUAAAAGUGCCACGUUACCUUCCAAGCAAACAGGUCACUUCACAAGCAAUGACCCAUUCUCCUCAAGCAACUCAAAGCCCAAAGGACCAGACCUGUUUGGCACGUUGGACCCGUUUGGCAGCAGUUCGUUCAACAGCAGCAGUAACAGCUCGGCUGGGUUUGCAGACUUCAGCCUUAUGUCGAAGCCCAGAGACCCUUUUGAAGGCAGAGCUGGCUGGCUGCCAGACUACGAUAAGGCGGUGUUUGUGGACGACCCAUUCAGCAGGAAGAACGACAUGCCAGCUCUGCCACCGAAGAAAAGUGUUCCCCCAAGGCCCAAACCCCCCAGUGGUAAGAGUACACCAGUGAGCAUGUCUGGCACAGCUGACCCUUCCAAACCAUGUGACCCCUUCCAGCCAUUUGGCGGCGAAGCCAUCGACCCGUUUCAGAGUAAAAAAGGCCUGGGAGACCCGUUUAGUGGCAAAGACCCUUUCGCCCCAUCCUCAGCAUCAAGACCUGACAAAGCCAAGUUUGGGAAUGAGGCUCAGCAGUUGGAGUGGGCGAAGCGAGAGAGUGAGCGAGCAGAGCGAGAACGUCUGAAGAGGCUAAGGCAGCAGGAGCAGGAAGACUUGGAGCUCGCCAUCGCCCUCAGCAAGGCUGAGAUGUCCAAUGCGUGACCUGGAAGCCCCUGACGCGUAGACGGGCUAACAUGCAGACAAAACAUGACUGACACCUAAUAUUCAGACACAUGGCACAUUACUGGACUUAUUCUCAAGUGUUCAUACAAACUCAUACACACACAUAACACACACACACACACACACACACACACACACAGGUCCUGCACCUCCACUAAGUACAAACAAUGACUCAACGAAUGGAACAGAAAGAACUUCCAGGCAAGUCUCUCCGCUAACCCUGCAUUUAAAUUAAAAAAAAACAGGACAACAAAGCUGAGGGAAGCCGAGAACUCAUUACUGUAUAAGUCUCCUGUUGACGUGAAGAGACAGAGGACCGAAGGAUGAAAAAGGAGAGGAGGAAGAAGAGGCAAGAGAGGCCUGAUGGAAACGAACGGAUGCACUGUGUAUAUGCACUAUAGUGGCUGGACAGUAAUGUGACGGAUCCAUUCACUGGGCUCAGCAGACUAGCCGACAGAACACCUCAACAGUUUGAAUUUCAUCGUGUUCUUUUUGUUCUCCAGCUUCACUCACACUCACGCUGAAUGGCAUGCUAACUAAACUGUUGCUAUCAGUAGCAACAUGCAGCUGUGAAGAACAAUGACACUACAAUUCAAACUGCCAAGGUAUUUCUUAAAAGGGAUUUCUUUUUCCUGAUCUAUAGGGGUGACGUGGAUAUAUCACUGAGCUACUGAAGGUAUAAACCGUGUCUGUAAGUGUUUAGUGUUGUUUUGCGAGUAAGAAAAUACAGAAUGAGGUGUUACAUAAGUAUUGAGUUUAUAGCGAGGCGUAUAGAGAAGACUGGAUUGGACGGUCCUCAGGAUUGAGAAUUUUCAAUUUACAAUUUUCUCUCUUUUCUCAGUUUUUUUUUCUUUUUUUUUUCCCUCAGGAAGUUCUGUCACUAACCAAGACUUAAGAAGUGAAAAGUUUGAUAUUAGUGCUUUUACCUCUGCUGGAGGUGAAAUGUUUCCCUCUGCUUUGUGCUAAGAUAGGCUAAACUCUGUACUAGAUGUACAGAAAUGAAAUUGAUAUUGGGCUACUCAUCCGACUCCGAUUGAGUUAAAGCUUAUUUCUUCAAAUAUUAGUUUUCCUUUUAAUUUGAUACCACACAAGAGUUUACCACGGGAGUAGAGACUUUGCUGUGAAGUGGGGCCUGCUUUUUGCCCUGAGUACCCUUAGCGGGUUAAUCUGGCCCUGAGUUUAGCAUGUGUUUUUCUCUUUUAGGUUUGAAAGAGAGGCACUCCCCUUCUCUGGCUCCUCCUGUGUGAAAAAAAGACAACUUUUAACCAACAUAAGUCAAAUAUAUUUCACUCUUGUCACAUUAUGGGAGAGAAGGAAAAGCAACUGCUCUUCCACUGCGUUGAACAAAAAAAAAAACUGAUAAAGAUCCAUUACACUGUUUCCCUCUAAUGUGACCUGACAGUGAAAAUAACAGCCUCUCAUGUCAACAGUGACAGCAACAAAUUGUACAGCUAUAUUUUCUUUGUCCCUGAGUGUGAGAGUGUACUGUGAUGCCCUGCAGUACUCUCUCUCCCUCUCUCCUGUGUACAUAGAUACCCAGAGCUAACUAUGCCUCUUCGACAGCUGUGCUCUGAUCAGGAUGCUGUGAUGUCACACCACAUUCAACAAAUGAAAAGGCAAGAUGAGGGAAUUCAUUUUUCAAUAUUUUACCUUGUUUUUCUUUUUAAAGAAUGAGGAUUUUUAACACAGUUUUCACAAGCUGGUUAUUAUUUUAUUGUCUUGACAUGUUUUUGUUUUAAAAGAACAUAGUUGUGCUAUAUGUGUUUGGAAAAGGUUUGGAACUGGCUGCAAACAGGUGCAAGGCUGGGAAUUGGAAAUAU